AUGGCUCACCCCAUCGCUUGGCCCUUGUUCACCCCGUCGCUCACCCCAUUGCUCACCCCAUCGCUCACCCCAUCGCUCACCCCAUCGCUCACCCCAUCGCUCACCCCAUCGCUCACCCCAUCGCUCACCCCAUCGCUCACCCCAUCGCUCACCCCAUCGCUCACCCCAUCGCUCACCCCAUCGCUCACCCCAUCGCUCACCCCAUCGCUCACCCCAUCGCUCACCCCAUCGCUCACCCCAUCGCUCACCCCAUCGCUCACCUGCUCCUCAGCCAGCCCCGGGCCAUCUCGAGGAGCAGGACCGGCACCGCAGAGGAUGCAAAGGCCCUGCCUGCUCCCCCAGCCCCGCAGGUCACCGGCCCCGUCCUGCUCCGCGCCGGCCGCCCGCAGCUCGUGCUGGCGCCGGGCUGCUUUUCCUGCGCAGUUCACUGCCAGGGCCGCCUCCCCUCAAAUUCAAUUUUUUCCCUUUCCCGAGUACAUUGCAUCCCGCUCCUUCCCCGUCACACGGCUCCGGCACCGCUUCAAUUGGAUUCCAAAAAUAACCGCGCUCCUCGCACGCUCGUGCUAUUAUCCGCCGCGCGCGCGGGCAGGCGCCGGGUCAUUCCAUUAUCCGGGCAGGAGAUAA